UUCGUAGCUGCUCAUGUCCGCCGUCGUUGAAGAAGGUGAGGUGUAGACAUACAAUACAACUUGUUUUAUGUGAAAACAACCGAGGAAUUCCAUGUGUAACAUGUAAAUACAUUAAUUGAAAACUUCAAUAAUGGGAAAAUUAUAUCAGAGACUGUGUCUCUCAUGGGACCCUCUAUUUAACGAGAGAGAAGUGUUUUUCGCACGGGUUUGAAGUUUAAAAAAUGGCAUCGAAUUCUGAUAAAAUGGCCGUGACAGUGGAUAACCAUACGAAUUCUCCUGUUAAUGAAGAAAAUAGUCGAGAUGAGAACGAUUCUAAAGUUGUGGUAGGAGCAAAUAAACAUGGUGCCGAAGGAGUACACAAAAAGAAGACAUUCAAGAUCACCAGCGUCACGAAGAAUCGAGGUGGCAGCAGUGAGGCCCAGAUUGGGGAGCUGGAUGGUGAUUCAUUAGAGGAUUUGGAUGAGACGGUUGAAAGUCACACGGAGGAUGCGAGUUCUGAGAUUUUGGAUGGUUCAAAAUAUGAAGAUGUGGGGGACCAAAGCCCCCUGGAGGAUAACACUUUUACAACAGAUGUGGAAGCUGAGGCAGGUAAAGAGGUGAAAGAUAAGGGUGAUCAACACACUGUUACAAGGUUUAAAGUUGUAAAAGUGGAAACAAAGGAACCAUUCCGAAGAGGCCGAUGGACCUGCAGAGAUUCUUUAGACACACCAGCAAUGGCAGAUGCCAGUGACACAAAAGUUAGUACUAAAGAGAAAGACAAAGUAAAUUCAGGCAAUUCCAGUGCCUGUAGUUCUGUGCACUAUGAUUAUGGUCAAGAUGAACCUUCAAAAAAUCCUCUACUUAUCGCAAAUACGUUAAAUCAAGUGAAUGAUCAAUUAAAUGAAUUGAAUCAAGCAUCAGCACUUGUUAUGAACCAAAACCCUGUAAAUGUUCACAUGACACAGACUGGUCAGUUAGUUUGGAGUGAUGGAACACAGAUGCCACAAUCUUCAAUAAACCUUGCUGCUUCCUAUGGAAUGCACCCGCCUCCCUCCAACCCAAACUUGAAUCAGAUGCCCAAACUUUUGUAUCGUGUUCCGCCGCCGAUGGGUGAUCAGGCAACAAUUCAGUCCUAUAUCAAUGCCAUGAAUUCUGGGGCCCCCGCUUUUACUCCGGGUCAACCUACUGUCAGUGUCAGUCAAAGUGUCGUUGGCUGUCAGAGUCAAGGUCAGCAGCAGACUGUGUCAGUACAGGCUUUGCCAAAUGGACCACUAGGUGUUGGCUCACAACAACUGCAUAUUUCAAAUGCACCUGUGAUAAGCUCACUUCCUAACAGCAUUAGUGUCUCUUCAAAUAACAGUGAUUUAGAAUAUACUCAGUCACUUUCAAAGACCGUUGAACAAGGGAGACAACCCCCAACGAACAUACAGACGCCCUCUCUGAAUCCUACUAAGGAUAGCUACAGUGUUCCAAAUGUAGCCCAGACGAGUAACAUUAAUUCCCCAGGGGAAUAUCUUGACAAAAGUGCAAAAGAAAAUUUAAAUAUACCCAAUAAUUUAAUGCUUAAUUUGUCAGCUAGUCAAACCAACACAGAUCAAGUUGUAAAUGAAAACAUAUCAGACAAGCCAUCACAAGACCCAAAAGGCCUGUUGGAGCAGGAAGAGCUUGGAAACCCCUCCCUGACCCCCAUCCUGACUGAGUCUGCUGUCGCCGAAGCCGUGGGGAACAUCUCUAGUCCAACCAAAGAAGACACGGAAAGUGGUUCAAGCACAGUAGCCAUUGAUAACAAGAUUGAGCAAGCUAUGGAUCUGGUCAAGAGCCAUUUGAUGUAUGCCGUAAGAGAAGAAGUUGAAGUUCUGAAGGAACAGAUCAAAGAACUCAUCGAGAAAAACUCGCAACUCGAGCAUGAGAACAACAUCCUAAAAGCUGCAGCGAGUCCAGAAACACUGGCCCUGCUGGCCCAACCCCGCCAGUCACAGCCCCCUCCCCCAUCCUCAUGACAACCUUGUCCCCCCGGGCCUGAGAUGGCCCAGUCCACUCAAAGCUUCUAGUGUCUCGGUACCACCAGAUGGUCCCUAAGGAAUAGGAGAAGAGUUGCUGCAAAGUCCAAAAAAGAAGGCUCUCAGAAAGAAUUGAUAGGCUUUGUACAAAGCUGGUGUUUAAGAAGCCUAGACUGUUGUCGGAACUCGAAGCUGAGGCCUCUGGUUCAGUUGUGCGUUUUUUUAGGGGAAGGUCGUUGACAUACUCAUCUAAUGAUACCGGUACACAACGUGACAUUCAAAAUGUAAAAUGUGUAAACAUUUAUUUAACUAUCAAAAUAUUUUCAUGACAUUGUAAACACUGAAUAAAAAUUUGGUAUUCCAAAUCAUCUCUGAUCAUUCCUAGUUGACAUUGAGUCAGAAUAGUUGCUCCAAUGAAAUAAAACAAAUUGAUCGUGGACUAAUAAUGGGAUGAAAUUUUAUUCAUUUGUGUCAGAAUUAAUUUACAUUGUUCAAAUAGAUUGCAUUUUUUACACUGAAUUUUAGCAAAAGAAUCAGUUUUAUGAAAGAUGAAAAAAUAGUGUCAUUAAUAUUUGUGCCAUGUAAAAUGAAGAUCUUGGUUAGCUCUACAUGCUUCAUUUGAGCUCGUAAGGUGCUUUUAUACAUGUUUUAAUGAACAUAAAAAGCAUACAAGACCAAUGGCCAGUAUAUAUAAUUAAGGAAUGGAGAUUUAUUUUUUUCCUGUGGAAUUAUAUAACAAUGCAAAUUGUGAAAUAAUUGCUUUGCAUAAAAUGUGUGAAUAGAAUUUCAUGGCAAAUGUUUGCAAAGUAAUUAUAAAAAUGAGAUUAUGGCUGUACAUAUAUCUCGCCAAAUCUGUACAUAAUGUAAAAAUAUUAAUUUUUCUCUGUAUUAACUAUGAAAAGUAUAUUUUUUAAUCGUUGAAAAAUGAUAUGUAUACAAUUGAAAUAUAAAUUGCUAUAUGCCAUUUCCAGCCAAUUUUCUUCAUUCUUUUGUUCUGAAGAACGUAUUAGUUUCAUUUGAACCUUUAUUCAUUGUUUGUGAACUAGUCAUUUUAGAAAUGAAAAAACUUGCACGCACAAAUUGGAAAGUGAAUAAAAGAAACAGAGUUAAAACUAUUUCUUUAUCAUGGCUUUUUUUAAUUAAUAGUUUAUUUUAAUUGAAUCAUUGAGUUAUUGUUAAGUCUUGUUUUAACAUCACCUGAGAUGAGUCUAUAAUUUGUGAUGCAGAUGUGAGUUGUGUCCCUUAACCAUUGAUGUAAAUUCAGUUAAGAAGUUUUAACAGCUGUGAGUUUUUUAAAGCCAUUAUUCUUUACACUGUAAGUGCUGAGAACAUUAAUUUGAUGUGAUAAGAAAAAAUAAGCCAUAGACAUCUACCAUUGUUUGUGUGUUUUGACUAGCAUUAUUUGUCCAAAAAAAAAAAAAAUUAAAAUGUGAUAUGCUUGGAAACAAAUCUAUAUUAAAAUCUGCAUAUAUUGAAAAAAAA